CAAUAUAACACAGCUUGUCCUGUUUGAGAUAUGUCACCAGUUAACAAGCAACAGGUAAGCUCUUGUGUGGGGCAAGAUGUGCUGCUACAGAUGUGGUAUCCCACUUUCAGCCCUGGGUGCCUGGCUGGGAAGGACGGCCCUUUUCCACAGGAAAGAAAGCCUGGUGCCCCAGUGUCUGUGGGGCAGCUGAGGGGGCAUCUCUGGGAAGCAAAGGCCAGUGAGGCCGGUCAGUCUGGCAGCUUUUGUCUGGGAGUAAUCCUCGGAUGUUCAGUUUUGGGAGGUGGAAUCCCAGUUUCGGCCACGUUCAGCCAAAGGAACGCUCCGGUGCCCAGUGUCUCCUGGCAGCUGAGAGCAUUGCCGUGGCCCUCACUCCGGGAGCCUGAGCCUGCCCCCCAUCACCCUUGGCCCUGCCCAUCAAUCACUCUGAGUGGAUGGCUCUUAGUACCGCCUGUCAAUCCAUCUCCUGGCCUGAUCCCACCUGUCAAUCACUUUUAGUGCUGCCUGUCAAUCACUGACAGGCUAAUCCCACGCUUAUAGCCCUUCAAGCCGACACAGCCCUCAGGGACCCCGCAGUCCUAGACAGCCCAGAUAGCCCUCACAGCGCAGAGGCCUCGCAGUCUCCACAGCGUUCCCAGCCCUCACAGCUGCCCUCGCCCCCAUGGCCCCCGCAGUUCCCGCAGCCCUCACAGCCCCACAGCCCUCACGACCCGCGCGCACGCGCCCUGCGCCUCACGCUCCCGGGCGCAUGCGCGCCGCUCCCCCCGGCCCGCGGCCGCGUGUUCUGCCGUGCCCCGGAUGUGGCCCCUGCCCGGGAAAAUGGCGGCGCCGGGGUGGGCGGAGGGAGCGUUGUAGCGCCCGGCGCCGUCCCCGCCAUGGCGGACCUGGGCCGGCAGCUGCACGAGUACCUGGCGCAGUCCAAGGCUGCUGCUGCCACGGGUCCCGGCGCGGUCCCCGCACCGCCGGCGGCCGGCGGCUCGCAGGAGGAGGCGGGGGACGGCGGCGGGCUGCGGGCCUGGCUGGGGGCGCUGAACCCGUUCCCGCCGGGCAGUGCCCCGGGCGCCGCGGUGUGGCCUUGGACGGGAGAGGAGGACCCGUGGCUGCCGGGGCUGUCGCGCUGGCAGCGGCUGGCGGGCAGCGGGCUGUGCGUGCUUCUGGCCGCGCUGUGCUUCGGGCUGGCCGGGCUGUGCGUGCCGCUGCUGCUGCUGCGCGCCCGCAAGUUCGCGCUGCUCUGGUCGCUCGGCUCGCUCUGUGCGCUGGGCGCCGCCGCGCUGCUGCGCGGGCCCGCCCGGCUGCUGCGGGAGCCCGGCCGCGGGGCGCUGCUCUACCUCGGGGCGCUCUUCGGGACGCUGUACGCCGCGCUGGCGCUGCGCAGCACCGCGCUGACUGCGCUGGGCGCCGCCGCGCAGCUCGGCAUCGCCGCCGCCGCGCUCCUGGCCGCGCUGCCCGGCGGUGCCGCCGGCCUGCGCCGCCUCGCCGGGCUGCUCCGCGCCGCGGCGUGCGGCCGAGGCAAGGCGCUGCCCCUGUGAGCCCGGCGCGCCGGGGAGGAGCGGCCGCGGCCCCGCGGGAGCCCCUCGCACACGGACCGAGAGCUGUCGCCGGCCGACUCCCAGACGGGGGACGCCGCUUCUCUUCGCCUCCUCCGCGUCCCGGCACGUUUUCCUCGCCGGCGCUCCGGGAGCAGCAGCAGGGCCGGCGGCCCCGGUGGCUCGGAGCUGCGCCCCCGAGCUCGUUGUUUGCCUUACCGCGCUGCCAGCUCCACAGCCAGGGCUUGGCAUCGCUCCCCCUCUGGCUGGGGAGCUGGCAGCAUCGCCCCCCUUCCUCCGGCGCGGGACCGUGGCUGCUGCGGACCGCGCCAUCCGAGCCGCUGCGGCGGCGUUGAGGACUUGCCCGGUGCUGAGGAGCAGCUGAGGCGCGCCAGGCUGACGGAUGCUGCAACACGAAGAUGAUUUAGCAAACUGCGAUCGAGGCUAGGGGAGAACAUUGAAAAAUUAACUGGUGUUACCUCAUUUUGUGCUGACCCCUACACUAUGAACACAUACUGGUUUUGCUGUCACCUCAGACCAGUGGUGAAUACGAAGACUGUGGCCACUGAACUGCAUUUCUCUCUAAAAAGCAGCUUUAAAAUAACCAUCCAGAUUGCAGACUAGCAAGCAGUGGUGAUUGCCUGCAUUUUGGAAUUUUGACCUCAGCACCAUUUGAAUCUGUAGACAGCUGUGGCUGAAGGUGAAAAUGAAACUUCUCUGUACAUGAUAAACCAAAGCCCUGGGAAUCAGCUCUCAGUAUUUUAACUGGCUGAGAUUUCAGGAGGUAGUGCUGUUGCUCCAUCUGAAACACCAGUUUGCCUAAAUACAACCCUCUGUAGCAAUAGGUCCACCUGGAGCAUCCAUGUCCCUGUGGUCAGAGGUUCCCGGUCCAUCGUGCCAGGGACGUUUCCGUGGGGGCAGUGAGGCCAUGUCCAUGCCCUGGAGCGAAGAGGAGCGUUCUCUGUUGGCUGGAGAGUGCCCAUCAUGAGGAGGGUGAUCUGGACGAGGACCUGUGCAUGAAAACACAAGAUAAGAUUCUGGUUUCCUCCCUCCUUCAAAGCGUGGGAAUUCAUCUGGAGUAGGAAGCAAACCCUUCCGAGCUCCUGAGCAGUAAGAGAAGCAGGGGACAGGAGUGAGAAGAGACAUUGUAUUCAUGAAAACGAUGCCA